AUGGCGCUACAAGGGCUUGACGAUAAAUCACAAGUUUUGACGGCUUCAGUUUUCUGGUACUUUACAUGGAAAGAUGAAAUAUUCAGAUGGGACCAUAACAUCGACUAUAAGAACAUAUCAAGACUGACAGUUAAAGUCAGCGAUGUAUGGGUUCCCGAAGUAUAUAUUGUAAAUGAUGUAAGGGACAUGCCCAUUACUGGAGUUAAUAGAGAGUAUGUGAUUGUCAGAUCAAACGGUAAAAUGACAUGGUUUCCAGCAAAAGAAUUGCAGACUUCGUGUGCAGUCGAUGUUUCAAAAUAUCCUCUUGAUACACAGGAAUGUAUCAUCAAAAUGGAGGCCUGGUAUCACGAUAACACGAGCUUUGUUCUUAACACAAUUGGAUCAGGAAUAGAUAUGUCGGAAGUCCAUUUUAUUCAAAAUGGAGAAUGGGACAUUCUUAAUUUAUCAGCCAAUUCAUUCCAGUACCAGGAUUAUGCAGACAAUUCGUUUGCUUAUUCAUGUAUACAUUAUACUUUAAUUUUGAAAAGACGAUCUUCUUACCAUUUAAUUACAACAACAUUUCCAUUUGUAAUUUUGAUGGCAAUUAAUUUGUUGGUUGUCGUCAUUCCAACAGAAUGUGGCGAAAAACUUGGAUUCUGUAUGUCACAGUUUUUGACAAUGACUGUGUUUCUUACCUUGAUAGGUCAAAACAUGCCUUCCUCGUCACUGACGAUAUCGUACCUCACAUUUCUAAUCAGUUUGCAGAUUUUGGUAAGCGGAAUUACAAUUUUAAUAGUUGCAAAAAGUAUUUAUUUACAAACCAGAAGUAUAGAAGAUAAACCUUCAUGUAUAGUAAGAAUCAUUUUCAGUCCAAUGAUAUAUUUCCAGCAGAAUUAUCUAAAGAAGAGUUUCACACCAGCUCAGGAUUCCAGACCCGAAGGUUUAAUCACGUGGCUUGACAUUGACAGGAAACUUAACUGUGGUUUGAAUAUUUUACUUUUACUAAAUGUGAUCGCUACUGUUUCCGUAUUUGUAUUUGUGAUUUAUUAA